AUGCGCAAAUGGAUACUGACAUGGAACCUUCCAAAAGUUUUCUCGGGACUGUACCUACAUGCCAUCUUCCUGUUCAGCAGUGUGUGUGUGGUCUACAGUGACUGCACUCCGGCGCAACUUGCUGCCAUCAUGAACUGUUCAAGACAUGAGCGUCACACGAGGAAUUAUGACUACAUGGAGGGAGGAGAUGUGCGCAUCCGACAGCUGUUUAGCCGCACGCAGUGGUUCCUGACAAUUGACGACGAAGGACACAUCAAUGGAACUCAAGACCCGACCAACUGUUACAGCAUCCUAGAGAUCAGGACAGUGUCUGAAGGGGGCAUACUGGCCAUCAAAGGCGUAAAGAGUCAGCAUUACAUCGCCAUGAACAAGGCUGGGCAGCUGCAAGCCAAGAGGAUCUACAACGACAACUGCAACUUCAAGGAGGUUUUCCUAGAAAACUACUUCAACGCUUAUUCCUCCACAAAGUGGACUAAAAACGGCAAAGAAAUGUUCAUAGCGCUGUCUCAGAAGGGGCGGCCGUUGCGAGGGAAGAAGACGAGGAGGGAGCAUGUGGCAUCGCACUUCAUCCCCAUGAAAUGCAAGGAGGAGGAGAGAAGGGCAGACUAAGACAGAGGACUCAUAUUUGUACGACUUCAGUUACCAAAUAUUUUAAUGGACCUUAAAACGUAUCCCCGGCCACACUACACACUUCUCAAGAUGUACAGUAUAAGUUAUUAUUAUACAAAGUAUACAGAAGACAAUAUUGGGAGUUGGGACACAACUCUUAAUUGAUCAAUUAGGGGUUGGAUUGGAAACUGAAUCCUCAUCCAGACAUUAUAGACAUUUGAAGCGCAUCUGGAAAGUAUUCACUUUAAUUUUUCCGCAUUCUGUUAUGUUCCAGCCUUAUUCCAAAAUGGAAUGAAUUCAUAUACCCCAUAAUGAU